UUAAAUCUGUACCUCCUUCCUCUGGUUGAACCAAACAGUCUCUUUCACUUCUUUGUCUCUGCACUGCAUUCACUUCUUCAUUCUUCUCUACCAUUUCAUACAAAAAACCAUAACACAUUUCCAUUACUUGAUUGUUGUUGUAAAUGGCGAAUGCAUCUGGGUUCUUCACCCCUUCGGUUCCCCACUUCAGAGUCAGGGUUCGCCCUCUCACUGCCAAAGUUGUUUGCUUUGGAACCAUCGAAGGAGCUCACAAACAUGCUUCCACUGUUUUCCCUCCCCAAUCUCCCAUACCCAGGCUUGUCAGCAAAGGGUGCAAGUUAGUUGGAUGUGGCUCUGCUGUGCCAGCUCUUCAAAUUUCUAAUGAUGACCUUUCAAAAAUGGUUGAUACUUCUGACGAAUGGAUAUCUGUUCGCACCGGGAUUCGUGCGCGCCGAGUUCUUUCAGGCAGAGAAAACUUGGCAAGUUUAGCAGUAGAGGCAUCUAGGAAAGCUCUUGAGAUGGCAAAGGUAGACCCUGAUGAUCUUGACCUGAUAUUGGUGUGCACAUCUACGCCGGAUGAUCUUUUCGGUAGUGCUCCACAGAUUCAAAAACAACUUGGCUGCAAAACAAAUCCAUUGUCUUAUGACAUUACAGCUGCAUGUAGUGGAUUUGUGUUGGGUUUAGUAUCAGCUGCUUGUCACAUUAGGGGGGGUGGAUUUAAUAAUGUUCUAGUUAUUGGGGCCGAUGCUAUUUCACGAUAUGUUGAUUGGACAGACAGAGGGACCUGUAUUCUUUUUGGGGAUGGUGCUGGUGCUGUACUGGUACAGGCCUGCAAUAGUGAGGAAGAUGGUUUAUUUGGCUUUGAUUUGCAUAGUGAUGGCAGUGGUGGAAGGCACUUGGGUGCUGCCAUUAAAGAAAACGAGGCAAAUAAUGCAUUGAAUUCAAAUGGUUCGGUGUUUGGCUUUCCUCCCAAGCAAUCUUCAUAUUCAUGCAUUCAAAUGAAUGGGAAAGAAGUCUUUCGCUUUGCUGUACGGUGUGUACCAGAAUCAAUUGAAUCUGCCCUUGAAAAGGCUGGUCUUCCUGCAUCUAACAUUGAUUGGUUACUUCUCCAUCAGGCAAACCAGAGGAUUAUUGAUGCAGUUGCCACUCGGUUAGAACUUCCCUUAGAACGAGUGAUAUCAAAUUUGGCUAAUUAUGGUAACACAAGUGCAGCAUCCAUUCCCUUGGCUUUAGAUGAAGCUGUUCGAAGUGGUAAGGUUAAGCCAGGUCAGACUAUUGCAACUGCCGGCUUCGGUGCCGGUCUUACUUGGGGUUCGGCAAUUGUUCGUUGGGGUUGAAUGCUUUUCUUGCACAGCAGAAUCACCAGCAGAGAAGAGUUUCAGUUGCAAGUGCAGCUGUCCAAAUACCCCCAAAUCACCAACAGAAAAUAGGGUUUGGGGAAUAUUCAAAAAGGAUAGAUAUCAAUAACAUCCAGCACUCCCUCAACUUGUCCAUUUUUUUUUUCUUCUUCUUCAAAUUACGUUCUCAAGUUCCAAAUUUUCUUCUUCCCAAGCAUGUAUUUGUAAUUCAGAUUUAUUUUAAAAGAGGCUUACUAUUUAUGUUUCUCAAGGCUACUUGUAAAUAAAAAUGCAACAUGUAAAGUGUCUGCUUGUUUGUACUUUAUACAACCUAGUCAACACCAAGCCACCACUCAAUGUAAGUUACUUGUUUUAUGAUCUAAUAACUUGAAAUGAUGA